AUGCGCAGUACCCAAGUAGCGAGAAGUAGCCAAGUAGACGUUAGCAGUGCAAAGUACGUGGCAGAAAACUUUCGACAUGGAGGUAGCCGCGCUGUUCGCCCUGACGUUGUUACUGGGAGCACUGGUUAUACUGGUCGCAUUAGCGGUGGGCCGACGGAAAGAAGAAAUACGAGAGGAAAUAGAGCAGGCGGCGGAGUUUGCCGCUGAAGGCAGCGUGUCGAAGGGCCCGGCCGCAUCCAAGAAACCGAAGCAGGAGAAGCAGCGCAGCCGUAAGGACAAAGCUUCUCAGCACACUUUCAGCCAUCCACUCCUGGCAGCUUCACUGAAGAGCCACAGUGCGAACGUGACAUGCCUGGAUUUCAGCAGUAACGGGAAAUAUCUGGCGUCGUGUGCUGACGACCGCACCGUCCGGAUCUGGAGCACCAAAGACUUCCUGGAGCGAGAACACAAGUGUCUGAGGGCCAAUGUGGAGCUGGAUCACGCCACACUAGUCCGCUUCAGCCCGGACUCCAGGGCAUUUAUCACCUGGUUGGCCAAUGGAGACACCAUCCGAAUCUUUAAAAUGAUCAAAAAGGAGGACGGCACUUUCUCCUUCAAAGCCUCCUCUGAGGACUUCCCACAGAACCAUAAGGCCCCCAUCCUCAACAUUGGCAUCGCAGAGACGGGUAAGUUCAUCAUGAGCGCCUCCACCGACACCACGAUCCAUAUCUGGGACCUGAAAGGAGAGGUGCUGGCCUCUAUCAACACUAACCAGAUGACCAAUUCUUACGCUGCCAUCUCACCGUGUGGCAGGUUUGUAGCAUCAUGCGGCUUCACUCCUGACGUGAAGGUGUGGGAGGUGUGCUUCGGGAAGGGAGGAGAGUUCAGAGAAGUGGCUCGAGCGUUUGACCUGAAGGGACACUCUGCAGGAGUUCACGCAUUCGCCUUCUCCAAUGACUCUCACAAAAUGGUGACCGUCUCUAAAGAUGGAACAUGGAAGCUGUGGAAUACAAAUGUGGAGUACAAAAAGCAGCAGGACCCUUACCUCCUGAAGACAGUCCCCUGUGCGUCAUCUGAAGGUAGCCGGGUGGCCUUGUCUCCAGACGGCCGUGUGGUGGCCAUCAGCGACGGCUGUAACGUGGCUAUGUACGAUGCUACCAGCGGCCAGCUGGAGGAGGAGCUGCACGGCGUCCACAGCGAGGAGAUCACCGACCUCAGAUUUGACAUUAACGGGCGCUUCUUGGCGUGCAGCGGAGACAAGGCCAUCCGAGUGUUUCACAACGCCCCGGGUUACCGGGCGGCCAUCAGAGACAUGCAGGACAUGCUGAAGAAGGCCCAGAAUGAGGCCAUGAAGCAGAGACUGCAGCAGCAGAUCACAGAGGCUCAGAGUGCCCUGGACACUGUGCUGGCUGCUCCCGUCGACUGAAAGAGCCCCAAGAAACUCCCCUCUGAUUGCGAAAGUGUGACUCAACCUCAACUCUCCGUCUGCCACUAAAUGAUCUGGUCCUGGAGAAAUGGAAUUUGCAUGCCGUUUUAAUAAAGAGCAUCUUUUUAUGGAAAGAUAAAA